UGAUAGCUGUUGGAGCGUCCACCUUCGUCAGCUGGCUCACACACUACUGGUCAACAUGGCUGCUGGGAAGGGUACUCUGCAGAGUUCUUCAGCUGAAAACACAUGGAGGCUUAGUGAGGCUGACCAGGGCUGGGGCUGCAAGCCAGCACUGCCGGAGAAAACAAACAACUUGGGCUCUGAGGCUGCCGUGGGUGGUGGUGGCCAGGAGACCUCUGCUGAGGUGGCGCUGUUGGCAACCCCAGGCAAACUCAGACCGGGAAAGCCAGUGGUCCAGAAGGUGUGCUGGGAACAGGGGCAGAGUGCCUUCACAGAGGUGCCUCGACUCAAGAAGAGGCUGGAGGGUGCUCAGGCCUUGGAGAGGGAACAAGAUAACCCCACAGGCCAGCCUGGUCCCCAGAAGCUGACCCAGGACAUCCCCAGGGACCCAGCUGGCAGCAAAACCUCUGCGUGGCCCAUUGGAGCCCGAGGGGAGCAGAGAAGCGCCUUCAGCAAACCAGCCAGGUGUCCAGCAGGGAGACCUGGGCCAACCUCCGUCUUCCAGGCAAGUGGACCUGCAGAUGCCCUUGGGGAGCUGUUGGGACUCAUCAACACGGCAGACAUCCCUUGUUGGGGUCAGCUUUCAAGUUCUAAGUUUCUGGUGGGUGAUUUCUGGAACCUGCAAAUGUUGCCACAAAAUGCUCCUCUCUGCAGUGCUUUCCUGGGGGCCCCCACACUGUGGCUAAAGCAUGCCACAGCCCAGAUGUCCAUACCAUCAUCGUCCUCUUCCACUGCCUCUUGGGCCCUGCUGCCUCCCACACUCACCUCCCUGGGCCUGUCCACCCAGAAUUGGUGUGCAAAGUGCAACCUCUCCUUUCGCCUGACCUCCGACCUGGUCUUCCACAUGCGGUCUCACCACAAAAAGGAACAUGUGGGGCCUGACUUACAUUCUAAGAAGUUGAGAGAAGAGGCCCUCACGUGUCCCAUUUGCCAUGAGUAUUUCCGGGAGCGCCACCAUCUGUCCAGGCACAUGACUUCUCACAGUUAGCAGGUGGCCGUGGAAAAAACUAUGGGUGCAGCUUCCAGCAUUUGGCAGUGGGGCAGAGAUGGCUCACUGGUGCUUCCUUUGAAAAGGCUUGUUAUAGUUGUCUGCAGGGGUGUCUACAUUGGAGUUCAUAGAUGAACUUGGUCAGCAUU